UCAGCUACUCUCAAGAAUCAGAAUGUUAAUUUCCUUUCGCUGAUUUUGUUGACUUCCAACUUCAGGCCAACACAUUUUCAUUUUCUGUAGAGGUAGAGACUCAGCAUUUAUUUCUUCUUUUGUUGUUUUAUAUAUGGAUACGGAAGUAGUAGAGCCAGUUCGACAUGCAUAGAAGGGCGCCGCGUCGAGAGUAACUAAGGAUUGUCUCACGACGGCUGCUAGCAGGCGCAUCCUCUCGGAAAACGAUUUUUUUGCUAUUGCUCCCUCCGAAUCAACCGGAUGCCGUUACGAUUACGGUACUAGCUGUUCGUAAAAAGUCUAUUUUAUAAAGCAGUAAAACUAAAAGUUGAAUCUAGUCAAAAUGAUGGGUUACAAUCGGGCCGGCGAAGUGGACAUGGGUUCGGGAUUCCUCGGCAGUGGCGGUCUGGACGACAUGGAAUCGGCCGAGGUGGAGGCAGUUCGGGCGGCUUGUGACGCCCUUCCCAUCGAGACGGGCAGUAAAUUGAAGGUAAGUUCUUGUUUGCACUCCUUGUUCUACAUUUGUGUGCACACGGCUGCAAUGUCUUUUCUGGUUUUAUUUUCUUCUGCGCAUCAGAUACAGAUUCCCUCUACGCAGCCGAGAAAUUGAAAUUAUGAAGGAAGCCAAAACAAAAACACAGGCGAUGUUUUCCAGCAACGGGUUGACCAUGGCUGAUUUGGAUGUAAAAUCUGUGAUGGAACUGGCACGGUUGCAUAUCACAUUGCAAGCAAAAGUUCUACAGCACAUGGAGAACGAGAGGGUAACUAACUGCAUUUUUUUAACAAAUAAUGACGCACCACUUCAUUGUGUUGUCCGCAUGACUUAUUUUCGAAACAAUUUACCAUAGUACUGUACUUCUUCUACUACUUAUAUGUGCAUAGCGGUCUUGCUGCGCGACCGCCUACACUACAGCCAGUGAACACGUGACGGUCGGCGCACACGGUUUUGCGAGCGCAGGUAGAAGGUCAACAUGGGACGUUACAUAAAAACCGGUUUUUGACGGACAGCAACACAAACUAACAGGUAUUUUUGUGCAAUUCGCGGUCAAAGUCCCGAUUUCUAAUCUCUACCUGCGAACGGGCCAAGCAAGGCGCUCUGGACGUGCGCGGCUUUGGAGCAAUAGAUCCGUGGAAAAGUCACUUGAACAACAUAGCAGUCUGUAACACGAAGGACGUCGAUCUUGUGGAAGAGGAGGAAUACCUGGUGAAACUUGACAAGGAGCUAAACUGCGGACUGAACGCAAUCGUUUCGCUCGAGGUCCACGUGUCGAAAGCAGUUUGUCCCAUGCUAGCAGAAAUCAGUACGUCUUACUUAUUUGAGCCUAGUGAUCCCACCUGCUUUUUGUUCGUGUCUAUGUGAUGUUGUAGGAAAACAAAAUGUAUGACCUUGCCGUUCGGUAUAGUGCCGUGGGAAGUAGCUCAGCGCAUAAACGCAUAUAGUGCUUAUUUUUCCAGCAUUCGUAUUUUCGUACGAACCUAUAUCAAAAUCAAUCUUACAACCAGGUCCGGUAGAGCUAACUUUCACGAUGGCAAGUACUCUGGACGAGUUGAAGGAGAAGUUCCUCGCCAUGGGCUGCACGGUGAAGCUAAACCACAUGAAGCUCCGGCUCGCCACCGAUAACCACGUGAACGCGAAUUUGCAGCCCGCGAACUGGAAUUACCUCGGCUUUCUGCGGGGGGACCGGACCUUCGCGUACUACAAUUUUCCUGCCGCCGGUUCCACGAAAUCAGCGGGCGUGAAGCUGUCCCUUCUGACGCGCGCACGUGGCGGGGUGCGACUCCGGAAGGAUCUGUCGCGUUCGAAUCGGCAGCCAGACACCCGCCCCAGUUUACUGGAGCAGACCGCCGUCAUGACGGCGAUGCUCCAGAACAACCCGACCGGGCACGGUGCCCCGGAAGGUGCUAUUAUCCGAGAUCCUAACGCGGUGGUGCAUAACAGCAUCGGCACCGCGGCGCCUGGACUUCCGCAGGCAGGGGCCCUCGGGCCGAUGAUGGUGGCGGGGAUGCAGCGAAUGAUGACGCAGUGGCAAACCUAUCUGGCAAACACAGCCGCAGCCAAGCAGGAGAAACUGGAGAUAGCCGAACGGGUAGAGGCAAACAAAAAAGCAGCGGCGGAUGCAGAGGCGGCAGCAGAGGCCGCGCAAGGCACCGGUGCUGCGGCACCAGACCCUCUCGCCCGGAACCAGCCUGCGCCCCCGGCCCCGCCCGCGGAAUAAAAAUUGCGGUGAAGAUACAAUAACCCAAGAAGGACGUCGCCACAUGGCUUGAGUAAGUAUUGCACGACUUAUGGUGCAUGAAACGUGAAUUUCGCACUACCCUCUCUCUGAUGUACCCCGACGACAACAUACGAGUAUUGUGCCGCAGAAUGAUGUUGCGUGCAACCUCGUGAUCCAACAAGCGGCUGCGCGGGUCUUUCUGUGAAAAACGAAACGUCGCG